UCGCGAACUUCGAAAUACAUACAUGUAGGAAUCAUGGCUGUCCCCAACUGCGAAGUAAGCAAACCUCGUCGGAUUAAAGCUUUAUUAUCUUCAUUUCUGAAGGGGGUUUCGCGUGAAGAAAAAAAACAAAGUGAGAACAAGGAAGUGAUUAGUGAACCCACUGAAGGCGAUGAUGCAGAUGGAUUUGCAGAUGGAUUUGUGGUGGUUGAUGAGAUCUCAAGUGAACAAAGUAGCACUGUGCAGCCAUUGAAUCAAGAACUUUUCUUCAACAGAGUGGAGACAUUUUCUAUCUCAUCAUGGUUUGCUAAACCAGACGAAGUGUCUCCUCUUCGCUGUGCUCAGUAUGGCUGGGAGAACAUUGAUGUGGACUCCCUGAAGUGUGUCAGCUGCAAGGAAGUACUCUACGGUGGUCUGCCUCCAAAGUGGGAAACAGACUCAUAUGAGAAAGCCUGCAAGAAGUUAGAAGAGUCCCUGAAGGCUGGUCACAGUAAGAUCUGUCCUUGGCAAAGCAACCCCUCACCAGCAUCAUUUCUUGAAGUGAAUCUAGUGAGCACCCAGAAAGCAGUGGAUGACUUUCUUCACAGAGUGGCAUCCAUCAGAUGUUUUGGAACCUCUAUUCCAGCUGUUGACUUGUCAUGUCUUCAACAGGUUGAGGAGAAUGAAGAUGUGUUAUCUAGGCUUGUGACAGGAGUUUUAGGGGAAGAGCCAACCUCUGACUACAAAGAAAGGAUAGAGUUGGUCUGUUUCAUGGCUCUGAGUGGCUGGUCUAGGAGUUCCCCAGAAGUCUCCCAAAGCCCCACAAUGUCAUGUGAGUUCUGUAGGCGGAAUGUUGGUCUCUGGAACUUUACACCUUUUGAACAGAAUGCAAAGACAACGAAUGAAGACGAAUCAGAACCAACGGCAAAAAGACUAAAGGUUGACAAGGGACUUUUCAAUCCUAUAGAAGAGCACAGGAGUUGGUGUCCAUGGACCAAGCCAGCAUCUGUCACAUACACAGUCCGGUCAUUACCACCACAAGAUAAGAACCAAGACGAUAACACACCAGUCAGACCAGCAUGGCAUGGGCUCCAGGUCUUGCUACACGAGAGAUCAAGUCCUAACAAACAAGGGCCUCUAACCAACAAACAAGUGACACCACCCAGCCAAGCCUGGAAAGCAGUGAGGAGAAUAACAAAUUUCUGGCAGAGUCGAAGUGCUGCUCAUAAGACUUGAUUGCACUGAUGUAGUUGUCUACUGACUUUUUAUUUUAGUCAUUUUAACCCCUUGAAGUGGAUGGAUUGUACAUGGGCAUAGUUCAUAAAAAGUACUUGUGAGAAUCAUGCAUGCUGCUUGUAAGCAAGAUUUACGAAGUCACAUUGGUUUUCUUAAAAGGGAUGCAAGAAGUGUUUUUUUUUAAUCACUUAUUUUCAAAAGACUGUUUUUAUAUCGACUUUCAGUGAGCUUAGAUUAAAGUGUGAGAUACAAACUUUCGGGUCCUUGGGGGUUUUGCAAUUUCAAAAGAGCAUUAAGUCAAGUAGAUUGAUUAUUAAACUGGUAUGCUGAUAAGAGAUAUUAAUGUGAUUUUCUGUGAAACUUGACUAUUCCAUCCACUUUCAGAUUAAGAGAAGUGCCUUGAAACUUUCCUUUCCAUAUUAUGAAGAGAGAAGAAAUUUAUCUCUGUUCAUGCCUUCUAUAUGUUUUGAGAAGUGAAAUUUAUUCUAUUUUGAUUCAUAUGUAUGGGCUGAAGAAAUUAGAAAAGUGGGUUCUUGUAUAGUGCUUAUGUCUGUUAGACUUGACAUUCCUACAGCUCCACAACUGCUGGUAUCAACCAUUAUGUGGACCAGUCCCCCAAUAGCUGUCAAGCCAUCUAUGUGAAACGAUUAGAAAAUGGGUUUAAAAUACAAUAUGAUCAUACAUCUCUCCCUAAGUAAUUACAUUUCAUGAUAGCUCCAAAGUACAUGUAUAUAUAAUAUUAAUAUUGUUUUUUGUUAGUCCUAUGUAUAUUGCAGGUCAUGAUCAAGGACUGCUCUGCAAUACCAAACAUUUAUUUAUUUUUUUUAAAUUGCAGCAAAUCAGUACAUGCUCGUUUGAUUUGUGUUAUACAAGGUGAAUUUGAUUUGAGUUCAUGGUAAUUAAAGUUGAUUCAUUUUAAUAUCGUGGUGUUACCCAACCUCCUCAAUCAAAUGGCGGUGUUCCAAAUUACCAUGAAUAUCUGGGGUUUCUAAGCAUUUCACAACAAAAAUAUUCACAAAUGUAAUAUUUUUGUUGAAAUGUGUGUUUCAAAUACAAUUGUAGGAUCGGUUGAAUUGCUGAUGUAAGUUGUUGGUCAUUUUAGACAGAGCUUAAAGAUACAAUGAUUUGAAUGGGAGUUUUGAUUUAAUGAAGAAAAAAAAGCAAAUAGGUACCAAACCUGCAAUAUGUAAAGGCCUCUACAGUUGACUCCUAAAUCUAUCUCAACAAGGCUAUAAAAUGUAGCAUGAAAGAAGCUAAUGCGAAAAAGAGUAUUUAAUAGGGAUUAUUCCAUUGGCUGUAAUGCUAUGGGGUUAUUUACAAUUUAUUGUUCUGUUGAGCAAAAUGACAACCAUUUUUGCACUAUAGGUAUCUUGUAAAUCACGCUCCCUUAGGUGCAGCCAUUGUUUGCAUCGAUAGUAUUCGACUUGCAUAGCCAUAGUUAGUUAUGAGCAUGAAUGAGAAAUGAAUAUGGAAGGAAAAAAAUAAAAGUAACUCCAAGUGAAUUUUUUUUUUUCUUCAAUUCAGUAAUGUGUAAACUUUAAUCUGACACGAAUGGUGACUUUUUUAGUUAUUAGAAUCAAAAGAGCUUAAUUGUGAUUUUUUUAAAUCCCUCUGCAGUGCUGUAGUUUUUCAUCUGACUCUCUGUUCAGCUGUCCAUUCUGUAUACAGUAGUGUUGCCUUAGUAACUUGAAAACCAUUGAGUGGCAAUUUGAAGGUCAAAAUUGGAAAGGUCAUGGCAUCAAAAAAGGUUUCUGGAUCAAGAGAAAGUUUAUUGUUUACCACAUUAAUUUGGGGAACCUGGAGGCUAUGUUGGAUCAAGUAUGUGUGAGUAUGACAAGAUGAACUGGAAGUACAUGUAGCUUUGGUUAAUGAGGUUAGAUAUGAAAGGUCACAGGGUCAAUGAUCAAUUGAAAAUAGGCGGAUGCAUAUUGGAGAUGCUGUUCCUUGUAAUCUGUAAUCAUUUCAUUUACACCUAAUGUGAUAACAUGCAACUGAACAUGAAGUAUUCUUCACAUUCCCUUGUAUAGAUUUUUGUAAAAAGUAGAAACUAAAUGAACUGAAUACACUCUUCAAUAUGGAAGACAGUACAGAAUUAAUGUUCAACCAAAAACUUGUAUGAGUGUGAAACUUUAGGCACUUUAGAGUUGCGAAAGUUUCUUGCAUGACUUUUGCAUGACUUCUUGUACGAGUUACAACUGAUGCACCAUUGAUUUUGGACCAUUCUUAGAAAAGUGUUUUUUUUUUACUAGUAAUUUCAUCUCUGCAAAUUGACCUAGAGAAAUGAGUCUUGAAUGAUAUUGUAUCAUUCUUCAAAUGUUCAAUGAUCUUUUAUUUUAUUUGCCCAUAAAAAGAACAUGUAUUGGCUUUUUAGAAUUCACUGUUUGUAUCAGCCUUUUAACAAGGCCUUGAGUAUGAAUAACGAAAAUGGCUGACUGAUGUGAAGAAACUAACUUCAGCCACUUUACUUUCUGCACAUAUGAGGUCAUGAAUAUUCAUUCUGUUGGCAGAUGACAUGAAUAAUUCAUAUAAAUGGAUUCUUAUAGCGAGUUUUGACUGAUUGUUGCACAUUUUUUUUAAACUUUAGCCUUAUCCAAAUGAUGCACAUGCUCAUAGUCACGUUUUUUCUGAUCGGCUAAAUUGUAUGCAUGCAUCAGGAUGCCAAAGGUAAAAUAAUUCAAUACAUAACACAAGGGAUUCGUAUCUCGCAAGUGUGGAAAGGGCUUUGACUGAUGCAGAUAGUCUCCCAAAUGUUAGGCCUCAUUGAAGGGCCAUGUGUCCCACAAUCUUUUACAAUGUAUUAUGAGAUAAUAUCUUGGCGUAUAUGGGAAAUGGACUGUGAAGAUGGCAAAUUCAUUACAUUUUCAUCACAUGGAUCAACAGUUCAGGUACAUAUUGCCUGGAAAGUCCAAACUUCACAAAAUAAUGUAUUUCUAUAACUUCUUUGUAUAUAAAUGGGUUCCAAAACUGUACCAUAAUAAAAACUAAAAGGAUACUCAUA